CAGAAAGCCUCUGAGAUAGAUGCAUUGCAUAAAAAAGGUGGAAGAACUUAGUAGUAAACUGAAAGAAUUCGAAGACAUUAAAACACAGCUACAAAAUGCCAAAAAAAGAGUCGAAGAAAAGGAGAAACAAAUUCAAGAAAUGAUAAAAGAGAAAACAAACAUUGAAAUUGAGAAAAAUAAGCUAGAAAAUGAAUGUGAAAGUAUCAGGGAACAACUUAAAAUAAGUAAAAGACAGUUGGAAGGCCUGAAAAAGAAUUCAUCAAAUUCAGAUGAGAGUAAAAAUAACAAUCUGAAGGCAGAAAAAGAUAAUCUCGAUGAAAAACUCCGUCAAUCAGAAAAUCAAGUCACAGUAAAGGAACAUGAAAUUAAAACGCUAAAAGAGGAACACGGAAAAAUGCUUGAAAUAAAGGAUAAAAAACUUCGUCAAUCGAUGGAACAAAUCAAAGCAAAGGAACGUGAAAUUAAAACGCUUAAAGACGAACAUGGGCAAACGAUUAAGAAGAAGGAUGAUUUGAGCAUGGUUGUUGGAGCUAAUAUCAUAAGCGACAAUCUAAAUAUACCAGACCUCAGUGAUGAAAACAGACCAACAAAAUUGUCGGAGAAACAUUGCGAGCUUUAUGACAAUGAAUGGACUGAUGCUUACGAAGAAGCUGAAAAGGAAUUCAAAACUGAAGAAAAGGGAAUUGCUCAUCUUUAUAAGACAUUACAGGAUAUUUCUGAUUUUUGUAAGAAGAAAUCUGUGGAACAUGAAGAAAACAUUCGUAACAGUAUUAUGACACUACCGAAUUCGUCAGGUGCGAGACCCAAAUCGGCUAAGAUUGGUGCUAUCAACCAACACCAACUAAGGGAAGUUAGAAAGAGUUUCGCCCCAAUGCUUGUUGAAAGUGUUUUUCAGAAUUACGUGCACGAAAAGAAAUUGAAUUUUACGAAAAAGGAGAACACAGGGAAGUUUAUCAAGAAGUGUGUUGAAAUCUGUUGGCUGAUGAAUUCACAGAAUCCACCUGUCAUUUUUGAUACAUCUGACGUGGAUGGGAAAUCUUUUGAUGUCGACAAAUUCAGGACGUACACAAAAACUGGCAAACUGGUUGACUAUGUUGUAUGGCCACCAAUGCUGUUACAUAAAGGAGGACCGAUGCUUUGUAAAGGCGUGGCUCAAGGAAAAUAA